AUGAAUGAGAAAAAUGAUAGUGAAUUGAGGAAUAGCGAUAAUGUUAACGAUGCUUCUACGGUAAAGGAAAAAGAGCAUAAUAUAAAUAACAAAACAAACGAAUUUGAAAAAAUUAGAGAUUCUUUUGAUUCGGCAGACUCGGUUGAUUCCGCGAAUUCCGCAGAUUCAGCAGAUUCAAAGGAGAAGGGAACUUCGGAAUGUGUCGAUACAAAUGACAAAAGUGAACAGAAGAAUGAUGAGGUUAAAACGCCUUCGUUUUUUACUAAAUGUGUUAACAAAAUAAAAAAUUUCAACAGUGCCACAUCUGAAGGCGACGUGGAUAUGGAAGUGGAGAAAAUGGGGAGCAGCAAAGAUAAUGAGGGAAAUACAAACUGUAAUGACAAUGAGGAGAGUGGUGGUGGGAUGAACUUAUUAUCGAAAGAAGAGAUAAAUCCUGCGGAACAAGAAAAGACCAUGGUUACCAUACCACAGAAUUGUGAAUUACAGCUAGCCAUAAGUGCCAUAUCGACAUUUCAUAAGAAUAAAACUGAAUUAAAUCUAGAUAGAGGAGAAAUUUAUCUAAAUGAAAAUGAAUUAGCAUUAAUUUCGUACCAUCUAUCAACAAGUGGGUUUAGAUUUUUUCCCAUUGAUGACACUAAAAAGAAAAAAAAAAGAGAACUUUCCAAGUUGGACGAAUUAAUAGUUGACACAAAGAGAAUAAAGAGUGAUCAUCCUAUUGGAUCAAGUUUUAAAAGGGAUGGAAGUUAUGAGGGAAAGAAAAUAGAAAUAGGAGAUAGAGGCAAAAAUGAGGAUUUCUCCAAUGCAGAUGAAAAUGUUGUAAAAUGCGAAAUAAAAACAGGAGGAAGUGAUUGUGGCACAUUAUUAACACAUUCAGGAAAUGUUGGAAAAACUGAACAUACGAAAGUGUACCAUUAUGCAGAGAAACAAGAAGACAAAUCUGAAAGGAAACUGAAAGAAUAUGAAGAUGAUAUUCACAGAGAUAGUACACUAAACGAAAUGAAAGAGAAAAAAAGUGAUAAGACAAGUAAUUACUUAGACGAAGAUGCGAAAAAAGAACUUGAGGAUAAAGAAAAGAUAGAAUUAUGUGAUGAAAUUUUAACGCAAAUAAAGAAUUCCUUUUAUGAUCAAAUAUUAAAUAUAGAAAAUAAUUUUAAAAAUUUAGAUAAUAAAAUAGAAGAUAAUAAUUGUUUUUAUUUCCAAUGUAUAAUGGAAAAAUUAAAAAAUAAAAAAUAUGAAAAUACUUUUUUAAUAUAUAAUGACGUAUAUUUGUAUCUGAAUAACUUAUUAUUUAUGUCCAAACCGUCUAGUUAUAUAUGGAUGAAGUUACAUGAAUUAUCUACUCAAAUUACUAACAGCAUUUCAGAUAUUCAACAAAGAAAAAAAGAUAAAGCAUGGAUACAGACAAUUCACAAUGUACACCAUCAAUCCAUGGCUAAGGAAGAAAUGAAAAAGGAAAAAAUAAAUUCACAGGAUACCAUUGAACAGUCUAUCAAUGAGGAGGAGAAGUUGGCCUUCCAGUUGCUCCUAGGAAAAUUGCACCAGGAUAUACACUUUGAGCUUUUCAGAAAAUUCAAAAACAAAGCAGUAUGGAAGACCCUGGAGGGAGGGGAAAUAGAGCUAGAUGACAAGCUGACCAAAGCGGACGUGUUCAGAGAAAUGUACAAUUGGUGCAAAGACCAGCUAGAAUUGAAGAGCAAACAAAGUGACUCAUCAGAAUCUGAGAGUGAUUCUUCAAAGGACUCAUACUAG